AUGACUAACCAGUGUGUGAAAGAUGAGUUCAGGAGACACAGGAGCGCAUCGGCUGAAGAGGUCACGCUCUUCAUGGCGGAAUGGCAGAGGAAAGAAAGUCUGGGACAACGUGAGGUUGCUUAUAUUUUCAUGAGUAAUCUUCUUUUCUCUGUCUUAUUUUCUGUGCAGAACUACAGAGACAAACUGAAACACUUUCAAAGCGAGCAGAUCGGAAACCUUUACGAGCUUAUGCUUGAGUCCACAAAACCCAACCGGCAGUUUUAUAUUCAAGAGGAGGGAAUACCAAAGUAACACCCUCUGAAGGGAAAAGAAGGAUUCUUUAUCUCCUCUCUUUGGGGAAGUCGUCCCAUUGGGAGAUAUUGACUCAUUAUGAAGGACUUCUGUUCAAAGUCUUCUUUGUUGCUUCUUUUUGAUGUUUCUGAGGAUAAAAGGAAAAGAUAAAGGUGGCUUUGUGAUCAGCAGCUAUAAUGAGAAUGCUUGAGCUCUGGUAACAGCACCAGCACUGGUCAAAAUUUAAUUAUGUCUUUAAACUAAUGUGUGAAAGGGUUAACUCAUUUUUUUUCUAUUCAUUUUGCAAAGCAGUUC